UGGAACUCUGAUGCCGUAAGUCGAUGAAUGCUGUCCUUUAAAUACUCCCUGCCUUCUCCCCGCUACCUCGUCAAACCAUCCCUCCAUCCGGCGGAAAAUCUCCCACAAUGGUCGCGGCGCAGGACCCGGAAUCCUUCUUCGCAACCGCGCCGCCGCUGCGAGAUGCCGACGCGAUCGCCGCGAAGUUGCAAGCGUUCAUCGCCAGCAACUCCCGCUCCUCAGCGGGCGGAGGCAACGGGCGGCCAAUCGUGUGCGUGACGUCGGGCGGGACGACGGUGCCACUGGAGCAGCGGUGCGUGCGGUACAUCGACAACUUCAGCUCCGGCCACCGGGGCGCUGCCUCCACCGAGUAUUUCUUGAAGGCUGGUUAUGCGGUUAUCUUCCUCCAUCGGCGAGGAAGUUGCCAGCCUUACUGUAGGUUCCUGCCUGAUGAUUCUUUCCUCAAGUUCUUAGAUGUAAAUGAAGAAUCAAAAGUUCAAGUGGCCGAGUCCCAUGAAACAGUAGUAAAGAAGGCAAUUGGAGACUACUGCAAGGCUAUGGAAGGAGGUUCUCUGCUGAAACUCCCAUUCACCACAAUAUUUGAAUACCUUCAGUUAUUGAGGAUGGUGGCUACAUCUGUGAGUUCUGUAGGCCUACGCGGAAUGUUCUAUCUUGCUGCUGCUGUCUCUGACUUUUAUGUUCCUUGGGAGAGCAUGGCAAAACACAAGAUUCAGUCAGCUGGAGGCCCUCUAGAGAUGAGGCUCAGUCAGGUUCCGAAAAUGCUUUCCGUAUUGCGGAACCAGUGGGCCCCCUUGGCAUUUUGUAUAUCAUUCAAGCUGGAGACAGAUUCAGACAUUCUUGUUCAGAAAGCAGAUAUGGCUAUGAAGAAGUACAAGAUGAACAUUGUUGUGGCCAAUUUGCUUGCAACAUACAGAGAGGAAGUCAUUAUUGUCACAAAUGGAGAAAAGAAUACUAUUCGAAGGUGCAACAGCGAUGAAGAUUUGGAGGAGAAGAUAAUCAAACUCCUAGCACAUAAGCAUUCAAAGUACAUUUAUGGAUCACUGGUAGGUGCAACCAGGGUCGAGACUGCAUUAUGACAAAUCUUCCGCAAAGGUUUGGCCUAAAACACUACAAUAUUUGGCUGGUGUCUGGGUAAUGAUAUGGAGAGAAAGCUGAUGUAAAUGAGAUCAAUCACUAUACCUGUGAUUUGUAACGAUGCUGACAUGUGUGUGAAGCAGCAUCGCCAUAUACACAUCUUCCUUUUUUUGUUUCCAAAAUUAAAAAAGGAUGAAGCUAAAGGUGCCAUAACCUACUAAUAGCUUUCUGGACUGAACAGAUUAUUCUAUGUUAAUUUUUAAUGCGGAAUACAAUUUGAAGUUCCAAGUUCACCCAUGAA